AUGGAUUGGAGUAAUGAUCAUGAAACCAAUACAAAAAAACAAUUCAUUCCACGGCUUGGCAGAAGAGCUGGACAUAACGCAAUACCAGAAGAACCUAAAUUUGAUAAAGACACUGAUAGUCCUGUUUUAGCCAUACCAUCUGCGACGUCUGUAAGAACUGCACCAGUAGCACCCCCACGAACACGAAAAACUGGAUGGAGUGAUGAAUCAAAAUCCAACAAGAGUAAGCCAGUGAAUAUAUUUGAUCAGGAGAAAUUACACAGAGACAAUAACAACGAAAGUGACGAUAUUCCUGUAAUUCCGGAUAUUGAAGAAAUCCAAGAUGAAAGUAUUUCUAAUAUAUCAAAUGCUCCAUCCGUUGGAAUAAAUAGAGUUACUGCCUACAAAGAGCUGGAUUCGGAUCUCUUGAAAAACGCAACAUUCGCAUUGUUAGACAAUGUUAAUUUGUCUAUUCUUACGGAAAAAUUAUAUCCUGAAAAAUUAAUUAAGGAAACUGAUGACGUGUGGAAUUGGGAAUAUUUAUUCGCUCAGGUAUCUUCGGAGCUCAACAAUGAAGAACAAAAAAUAAUUAUGGAAGCUUAA